GUCUCGAGUUGUCAGACUGUUCUAGAAAGGGGAGCACAGGUGGUAUAAACUUGGAGUCUCCAGUUGGCGGUCCGAAUCUAAGUAGGCCUACCCCACGCAAAGAGAAUCAUUCAACAACGCUUGUCACCAAAGAAAUCCUAAUGACAGAAUCCCAGAGGACUGCCCCAGAGGCUAAAGGCAAACCCAUGGCCUUCCGGUCUCAGAAAGAGAUGUUUGAGAAGAUGGAGGAAUCGUACAGGUUCUGUGCUAACUGUGAAACGAAGCCUGGUCAACUUUCAAACACACAGACACUGAAGCGUUGUGUGAGAUGUCUAAAUGUGUAUUACUGUUGCAAACAAUGUCAGAAGACUGACUGGCCCAAGCACAAGACGUUUUGUUCACAGCUGCGCCUCAUAUCCAUUGACAGAUUUGUGGACUGGCUAGUGUUUAAAGGAGACCUCCCGUUCCCCACAGAGAAGUGGUCACGCCCGCAGUCCGAGGUCAAAACCUGGGACGACUGGCUGGCCAUGCAGGGGGACCUCACCCCCCGUCAGGACGCCAUCAUGGCUGGUGCUAACAUGAUAGACUUGUGGAACAACGCCGGAAGGCCCAGACCAGAGGACGAUGACUUGAGGCAGUCGCUGUGGCGAGUCUCAAGCGAGUUCUUUUCCAGGCCACUCAGCAUUGCCUUAGGGCUGAGACUAUUUGGCCUGAACCCUUACUCCAGACCCCUCACCAUCCACCUGGUAGGAGCAGGCCAGAGUGAGACCACGGGGGCCAGACUGACAGACUACGACGAGCUCAACCGCAUGUUCCCUGGGCACCAGGGUCUGGAGGUGGUGAUGGUGGGGCCGGAGGUGGUGGAAGGCCCCAUUAUGAGGCCUCCUCUCAGGGCGUUCGGGCCCAGACAGAGGGUCUACAUCAGCGCCUACAAGGGCCUCUACCACCAGUUCUGGGAGGACCUGGUGGAGAAAGAGGAAGCGGCCAAGCCUGAUCUGGUGGUUGGAUUUCACCCAGGUUUUGAUGCAAGCCAAGGCCUGGAUGAGGGGUGGUUACCGACACUACUGCUCCUAAGAGAUUAUGAGAUCCCCUCCUUCUUCACUGCUCUGAAUGAGACAGAGAUGACCUACUCACUGCAGAUCCUGUUGGAGUUGGAGAUGGACUUGAAAGGCAGUGGGCCCAACCCCUUUGCCUCACUGAAACCAGAAAUGGUUGGGUCCUGUCCAAACAAACCGCCUAUGUACUGCAACUCCCACUACUUCUGCUUUCAGGGGCUUCUGGAGACCGCCCAGUUUGAAGAACCAGAGGAGAGCUGAGAUAUGUUGAGUAAUUAGUCCAACAUUCAAACCGCGUUUCUCUGAUAGAUUACGGAUUUGGCUUUCUCUCUGUCUGAGAAACAAGCCUUCAAACAGUUCACUACACUGUGAUUUUGUAAUACGAUAAUACUACGUUAUAUUUUCUUUUUUACCAUUUAUGCAACAAAAUCUUCUUUUUAAAGACGGCCUGGCAAGAGGCAAAUGACUCAAGGCAUAACGUAUCGCCCUUGUCUAACUGUAAAGCAUGUUUUAUAAACAGUAAUCAGGAGGCUAUGCAUUGUGUGCUCCUUUGGUAAAUACAGUAAACAUUUGCAUCAGCUAUCUUAGUUCAUUUCCAUGGAGGGCUACAUUCAACUGAACUUACUGGUUCCCUCAUUAAAACUAUUGUGUUUAUUCUAGUUUUAUAGGA